UUGCUCCUUGCCAUCCACUAUACACCCUCCCUGAACCAGAGGCCACCACCAUGACAAGGGACCAGAAUGGAACCUGGGAGAUGGAGAGUAAUGAAAACUUUGAGGGCUACAUGAAGGCUCUGGAUAUUGAUUUUGCCACCCGCAAGAUUGCAGUACAUCUCACUCAGACGAAGGUUAUUGAUCAAGAUGGUGAUAACUUCAAGACAAAAACCACUAGCACAUUCCGCAACUAUGAUGUGGAUUUCACUGUUGGAGUAGAGUUUGACGAGUACACAAAGGGCCUGGAUAACCGGCAUGUUAAGACACUGGUCACCUGGGAAGGUGAUGUCCUUGUGUGUGUGCAAAAGGGGGAGAAGGAGAACCGCGGCUGGAAGCAGUGGAUUGAGGGGGACAAGCUGUACCUGGAGCUGACCUGUGGCAACCAAGUGUGCCGUCAAGUGUUCAAAAAGAAGUGAUAGCAACGCGGGAGGCCUGCCAAGCACGAGCUCCCCACUGCCCACACUGAGUGUCUACUGGCUUUGAGAAGCAGCUGUGGAGACCUUCCCACUCUUGACAGCCCCAUUAAGGCAUCUGGAUGGGUUUUAAAGAGAAUGUGUAGGUAGCAGUGAUAGACAUAUUCCCCUCCUUUAAAACCUAGCAUUAAAUGGAAAAACAAAAAUUACUCCCAUAUUUUGAAACCCUUUA